AUGAUAAUUGCUAUUGUGAAAAGACUUGCUAAAAAUACUUUGGCAUUUCGUGGAGAUUGUGAGCAACUUUAUGUUGAGAACAACGGACUUUUUUUGCAAAUGAUAGAAAUGGUUGUCGAGUUAGAUCCAAUAAUGGAAGAACACAUUCGACGUGCCCAAGCACGCGAGAUUCAGUAUACAUAUCUGGGCCCUAAGAUUCAAAAUGAAUUGAUACAAAUGUUGGCAGGCGAGGUGAGAAGUGCAAUUGUCACAAAAGUGAAACAUGCAAAAUAUUUUUCCGUCAUACUUGAUUGUACUCCAGAUGCGAGUAACGAAGAACAAAUGUCUCUAGUAAUACGAUGCGUGGAUGAUUCGAUAGACUCGCCGAUGGUACAAGAAUAUUGGAUUGAAUUUUUGAAGGUGGAUGAUGCAUCAGGAUUUGGACUUUUCAUCGAGCUUAAAAAUGUGUUAAAGAAUCUUGAGCUUGAUAUUGAUAAUAUAAGAGGUCAAGGGUAUGACAAUGGAGCUAACAUGAGCGGGAGACAUAGAGGUGUACAAAAAAGGUUACUUGAAAUUAAUCCUAGAGCUUUCUAUACUCCAUGUGGUUGCCAUAGCCUUAAUCUAGCAUUAUGUGAUAUGACAAAUUGUUGUUCGAAAGCUAUGUCUUUUUUUGGAGUGAUACAACGAAUCUACACAUUGUUCUCUUCUUCUCCCAAACGAUGGAAAUUUUUUAAAGAUAAGGUUCAAGGUCUGACACUUAAGCCAUUGUCGCAGACACGCUGGGAAAGUCAUGUGGAAAGCGUCAAGCCUAUAAAAGAACAAUCUGUACAAAUAAGAGACGCUUUACUUGACUUGGCAAACAUUGUUGAAGAUCCUAAAACAAAAAGUGAAGCUGAGUCCUUAGCAAUAUAUGAACUUGAAAAUUUUGAGUUUUUACUUGGCAUAGUAAUUUGGUAUAAGUUGUUGUAUGCAAUCAAUACUGUGAGUAAAUUUUUUCAAGCCGAAAACAUGGAUAUUAAUGAAGCUAUCAAACUUUUACAAGCACUUAUUUCAUUUCUCGAAGAUUAUAGAGACUCUGGGUUUGCCAGUGCCAUGGAUGAAGCUAAACAAAUGGCAAAUGAAAUGGGAAUUGAAGCUGUAUUUCAAAAGAGACGUAGCAUUCGAAGAAAGAAACAAUUCGAUGAAAGUGGCACUGAAGAGGUAACAUACUCGGCUAAAGAUUCUUUUAGAGUUGAGUAUUUUCUCUUUAUAAUUGAUCAAGCUAGAUCAUCACUUCAAACUCGUUUUGAACAAUUUACACAUUAUGAAGAGAUAUUUGGAUUUUUGUUUAACAUGGAUAGAUUAAAGAGUAUGCCAUUUGACAGUUUGCUGAAAUCUUGUAUGAAUCUUGAGCAGUAUUUAGAACAUAAUGGACAUUCAGACAUUAUAGGUGAUGAUUUAUGUUCGGAGUUGAUCGUCUUGAGGUGCUAUUUAACUAGCGAAAUAAAAAGAGCAAUUGAUGUGCUACAUUACUUGAAGAAAAUGAAUGGUUGUUUUCCGAAUGCUUGCAUUGCUUACAAGAUUUUGCUCACCAUCCCGGUUACAGUUGCAUCAGCAGAAAGAAGUUUUUCCAAGUUGAAAUUGAUCAAGACUUAUAUCCGAUCAACUAUGUCACAGCAAAGAUUGAAUGGAUUAGCCAUGUUAUCAAUUGAAAAAGAAAUGGUUGAACAACUCGAUUAUACAAAAUUGAUCGAUAUUUUUGCCUCGAAAACUGCAAGACGAGUUGUAUUUAAGUGA